AUGAGUAAUAAUAAGGAAUUAAGUUUAUCAGAACGUGAAUUGCUUGAAAAUGAGGUUAAGAAAUUAGGUGAUGAAAUUCGCCUCCUUAAAGCUGAAAAAGCUGAUCCAAAUAUUGUAAAAGAAAGAAUAGCAAGAAUGUUAGAAAAAAAGGCACUACUUGGUGAUACUGGUAAGACAAAAUUUACAUUGAAAACUCCAAAAGGUACUCGUGAUUUUAAUCCUCAAGCUAUGGUGAUUCGAGAAAAAGUUCUCAAUCUGGUGACAAAUGUUUUUAAAGUUCAUGGUGGUGAGGCAAUUGAUACUCCUGUUUUUGAGUUAAAAGAAAUUCUUAUGGGAAAAUAUGGUGAUGAGGGAGGAAAGUUAGUUUUUGAUUUAGCAGAUCAAGGUGGUGAAUUAUGUUCAUUAAGAUAUGAUCUUACAGUUCCUUUUGCAAGGUACUUAGCUCAAAAUAAGAUAACAAAUAUAAAAAAAUAUCAGAUUGCAAAAGUUUAUAGACGUGAUCAACCUUAUAUGACUAGAGGUCGUUAUAGAGAAUUUUACCAGUGUGAUUUUGACAUAGCUGGACAGUAUGACUCUAUGAUACCCGAGAGUGAGUGUAUUAAAAUUAUGGAUGAUGUUUUAGGAAAACUAGAUAUUGGAACAUACGAAAUAAGAAUAAAUCACAGAUUAUUUUUGGAAGGUAUCUUUGAAAUUUGUGGAGCACCAUCAUCUGAAUUUAAAAAUGUCUGCAGUUCAAUUGACAAAUUAGAUAAACAACCAUGGGAAGAAGUUAAGGAAGAAUUAGUAAAAGUAAAAUUUAUUAAAGAAGAUGUUGUUGAUAAGUUAGAAAAAUAUGUUAGGCUUCGUGAACAAAAUCCUUCUUUAAGUAGAUCAGAUCUUUUAGAGUGGUUUGAAAAAGAUGAAGUUGCAUCAAAAAAUGUUAAAAUUAAAACAGCUAUUGAUGAAAUGAAACUUAUGUUUGAAUAUUGUGAAUGUUUUGGUGCUGGUAGUUGUGCUGCAUUUGAGCCCAGUCUUGCCCGUGGUCUGGACUACUAUACUGGAGUUAUAUAUGAAGCAAUUAUACUUGAGACUCCAUUUUCUAUUAAAUCUGAAGACUGUGAUGAAGAAGAAAAAAAUGCAAGAAUUGGUAGUGUUGCUGCUGGUGGGCGUUAUGAUACACUUGUUGGAAUGUUCCUUCAAUUGGGUAGUAAUGAUAAAAAAAAUAAAACUAAUGUUCCUUGUGUUGGUGUUUCUUUUGGAAUUGAGAGAUUAUUUACUUUAAUGGAAAUGAAACAUAAAAGUCUUGGAACACCAAUGAGAACUAAUGAAAUAGAGGUAUUUGUUGCUACAGCUCAAAAAGGAUUAUUAAAGGAAAGGAUGAAUAUUUGUAAAGAAUUGUGGGGAAGUGAUAUUAAAGCUGAAAUGGUUUAUAAAAAGAAUCCAAAAUUGUUAACACAAUUACAAUAUUGUGAAGAAAAAGCUAUUCCAUAUGCCAUAAUUAUUGGUCAACGUGAAAUUGAGGAAGGAGUUGUUAAAGUUAGAAAUGUUGUAAACAGGGAAGAAAAUGAUGUUAAAUUAAAUGAUUUAAGUAGUAAAUUAAAGGAACUGUUAAAAUGUUAA